AUGGAUCAUCAACCAGCAGAAGCUCCAGGUGUACAACGAGCGAAGCGCCAGGUACACCUCAGUGAUGCUGCUUCCUCCCAUGAUGAAUUCUCCUUCACCGUCUCCCUUUACAGCAGCAGAGCCAAAUGUAAUCCCGUCGGCCAGCCGGAUUUUUCCCCCGCCGGCGACAUCUUCUACGGCGGCCGCCUCCUCCCCCUCGUCGACUGUGGAAGCACUACUCUCUCCGUGAAAGAAUGGCAGCAGCGGAGCAACGCCGGCAGACCAAGUUUUAACGAUGACCGGAAUCUAGGGCCUCACUCCACCCGCCGGGAAAGCUUCCACGGCGGCGGCGGCGGCAGGCCGGGAAAAUCAAAACCCUUCUUCAGAACACGUGACGAAAAGGGCCAUGAAUAUGAUGGUACUGUGGAUGAAAAGCAGCAUCAGCUGAAGAAGAAGAAGAAAUCGAGAUUUGACGUGGUGAAGAAGUACUUCAAAUUGAUCAAACUAAAACCUAAAUUUCUUUCAUUCAGAUCAAGAAUAAAAGGGAAUAAUCCCGAUCGGCUCCGGGAGUACUCGUCGGCGCCGGUGACCAUGCGGACUUCGCCGGCGAACAGUGGAGCGGUGACUCCGGCCGGCGCGAAGAGUUCUGACAGCACCGUGGAAGAGUUGCAGGCUGCAAUUCAAGCUGCCAUUGCUCAUUGCAAGAACUCCAUUAAAGAUGACACCAUCAUCAAAUACCCUUGA